CAGGGGCGCAAUUGGCCAACCUACUAUUGAAAGAUUUAUCAUGGAUGGGAAUCGGGAGGACUCCUUCAACUGGGGUCUCAAGAUCCCUUACAUUGAUGCAGCAGAUCUAGGAUCAGACUUUGAGGAUGAUUCCUCUUCUCAAGCCGAAGAUUGUAAAAGCAACCAAAGUGCUCUGACUUUGAGUGAUUUGAGCUGUGAUAUCCAGACUCUUGAUGUGAGUGGCAGUGCAAGUGAAUAUCCCAACACCUCUGGUGAUCGAGGUGGCAGUGUUCCAGAGCGGACGAAUUCUCUCUCUUCUGAAGGCAAGCAGGUCUUGCCUUGGGAUCAAUUCUCAAACUGGUUUCACUGCAUUUGCAUUGUCACUUUUGACUUGGAAAUUGGUCAGGCACUAGAGAUGGUGUAUCCAGGACAUGCCAAGCUGACGGAAGAGGAGAAAUUGAAUAUCUGCUACUUGGCAUUUCCUGAUUCUAAUUCAGGACAGAUGGGUGAUUCCCUGUUUCACUUCCGCAUACAGGCAUCCAGCCGACGUCCUUUGUUGGCACACGUGAACUAUAACCGUUCCUGUCCUGUCCCUCUUCAAGUGAAUAAUUCUUACUUCUAUGGAUAUGUGUUCUUUCGCCAAGUCAAGGAUAGGAACCUCAGGAGAGGGUAUUUUCAGAAGUCGGUGGUGUUGAUAUCCAAGCUUCCAUUUGUGCGACUGUUUUACCACAUCCUGGAGUCUGUGGCUCCUGAGUUUUUCGAAGGGGGAGAAGCAAGCCUGGAAGCAGCAUGUCAUGACAUUGAUAGUUGGCCAUCUCCUCUCCCUGGUGAUCUCUUCAACCUCCCGCUCCUUGGAAAUAUCCUUCAGGUGCGAAUUCCGACCAAGCAUGAUAAAAUUGGAACAGGGUUUGCAUUAGAAGGUCAGUCUUCGCCACCUCAUUCUCCAUCUUCACUGAUCGGAAUGGGGACCUAUGGAGAUCGGGACUCGUUCCGGCUUCUUUUCCCGAUUCUUACCCAAGUUCACCUCCUGUGGGAAUUGGUAUUGACUGCUGAACCUCUUGUGGUCAUGGCUUCCACCCCUGGCACCUGCUCUGAGAUGGUCCAGGCACUCAUUGGCUUGAUCUGGCCAUUGAAGUAUGCUGCAGACUUCCUUUCAAGUAAACCUCACAAGCAGAAAUUGCGACGAACAGUGCAGAUGAAGACAUUGGACUGUAAGCCAGGAGUGUACACCCAGGCAAAACCAUUCCUCCAAAAGGAUAAGGUGAUCCUGAAGAAGGUGCUGAAAGGGUUUCAAAGCAGCCGCCCUCUACCGGUUCAGAAUGCCUUGUUGCGCAGACACCUGAUGGAACUAACUCAGAGUUUCAUGAUACCUCUUGAGAGAUACAUGGGGAGCCUCAUGCCACUACAGAAAAACAUAUCCCCAUUCAGAGCUGCACCAACCUUGAGACCAUUUAAUCCUGAUGAAUUCCUUGCCACUCUUGACACAACUGGACCUCACCUGACAACAGGCGUAAAGGGCGAUUGGGCCGGGCUGUACCGCAAGUUUUUCCGUUGCCCCAACUUCAGCGGUUGGUAUAACAGUCGAUACAAGGAGGCCCAUUCCAAACUUCAAGCUCUCCAUCUCCAGGCUCUCAGCUCAGCUGAUGUUCUCCUGUGGACAAAGGGAAAGGCAGAGGUAGAGAUGGUGGACAUGUUCCUGCGUUUGCAGAAGAAGCUGGAAACUGCGCGGGAAGAUGACAUCCCUGUGGAUUCCAAAGUCCUGAAGAACCUGGAAGCACGCAUCCAUGACCUUCAUUCUUCCCUCCCUCCUGACCUCCAAAAUGUACUCCACUCCCGAUCUGAGGCGGCACUUUGAUCAUGACCUGUAUCCUCUCUAUCAUUUACUUCAGACCUACCGUUUCUCAUGACACUGCCCAUACUCUGUCAACUUGUUACUCAGGUUCUCUUGUAAGUUAAGGCUGCUAUGUCACUAUGUGUGUGCUUGUGUGUGUGCAAGAAACUAACAAUGUUAGUUUCUACUAUUGUCCCUAUAAUUGAGCUGGUGGGGUUAGUUCAUGGUUCUCGUGUUAUUAAUUCAAUGUCAAACAACCAUUUCUUUUCCUGUGUAGUCAUAAUUGCUGUCACUGACAAAUACUCAGUUUCACUUCUUGUCAUAUUCAUUCCUGGUUCCGAUUAGGACUUUUUAUUUUGUCGUGACAAGUUUUUCCUCCUUUCCUUUGAGCUCCUUGUUAAUUUAUAUUUUGAUGUUACGUCUCCAUCUCUGCCAAGAAACUCUCCUUGCCCUUAUUCACAUCUCUGUCCAUCUACAGGUUGAUGGACAUCCUGCGACUGUGAUAUUUUUCACAAUUAGUGCAUUAUUGUCUGCAUGGAAUCUCCACAGAACUCGGAAUAAGAGCAUGUCUUUCAUCGUGCUCAUUUUGAUGUGAUUUUGCACAUUUUCGGUCUCGGCUCACCUGCGCCAAACAGCGUCAAUGUGAGCAAAGAAAAGGGUGCAUUCGAAGAAUCUGUCAAAAAUUAAAGUUGUGGAUGGAUGAGGACAUGAAAUGAAUCUCACUUGUAUGCAGCAAUAAAUAUGGUGAG